AUGUCAAGCAAGGAGCAGAAGGCCAUGAAGAAAAGUGCCAAGCGCCCAAGGGUAGAUAAGACCCUCCCAUCAGAUGACUCGAGGAAUCCAGUUGCAGCCAAUCCCGCAGACAGUCCAGCUGUUGGGACCAGUGAGAUGGGCAGCCAUUCCUCAGGAUCAGACUUGAAAGAGGCCAGGGAGCCUGUUCCAAAGAGGAUGCAGAAUUUCAAAGGUGAUGUUAACAGGUUACUUAGGGAAAAGAGGAAGCAGUUUGAAAAGGAUGUAAAUGCCUCUUUCAGAAGCCUGAAUGAAAACCUCCAGGGUAUUUUGAAAGCUCAGCAAAACUCAAGGGAGGAGCUUAAGUCCAUAUACUGUGAAAUGUUUGGGUCCCUGCACCAGAAGUGGCUGGAUGAGGUGGACAGAACAAAGGAUGAAGAAGAACACCUCAGCUUUUUAACUCAGAAGCAAAUGAAGAUUUUACAGACGGCUAUAGCGGAUCAUGAAACCAAGCUUGAAAACGCCAAAGAUAUGUGUGACACAUUUUUGAAGAAAGCCAAGGACUUGAGUCAACACCGCAAAACCUUUAUUGGCAGUCAGCAAACUAAAGUGGAGAAGGAAAUCGCCAAGGUGCAGGACAGAGUUAUCGUGGAAACGCAAGAGCAAGACGUAUCCGUUGUUCAAACAUACCUUCAGUCCCUGUUCCUUGACUGCUCUGAAGAAACCGUCUGAAGCUCACACGUAGGAUGCACAGGGAAGGGAGCAUUAGCCACGCUGAGAAGAAGUUAGUAGUAGUGGAUGCAGCUCCUUUCCCUUUACCCUUAUGUGUUACAGUUGACACUGUUAACCAUUAACGGAACCCCCAGCAGUUCUGUGAGUAGCAACACUUAAGUGUGGGACGUCCAGGCCCACGACAGCAAGGGAGAUACAUUCUGCCCGGUAGCAGCGACAGUUACAUUUUGGAAGCA